AGGUGUCGUUCUCCAGCAGGUGCCUGGCCGACACACAGAGACCUUCAGGAAAUACUUCUCGAUUGGAAGGAGCCUUCUGCCUCCAUCAGGAGGGCCCAGCCUUCUGCCUGAGCCUGAGCCUGAGCCAGGACCCCCUCCUGGGGACUACCCAGGUUCCUGUGGCUCCAGCUCUCCUGCCAGCAUCCUCGACGUCCAGUCUAUCAAUCCGCAAGAGCCAGAGGAAGGGAGCUGCCAAGCAGGCCCAGCCGAUAGCACUGGAACCAUGACAACCAGUCACCAGCCUCAGGACAGGUAUAAGGCAGUAUGGCUUAUCUUCUUCGUGCUGGGCCUGGGGACAUUGCUCCCCUGGAAUUUUUUCAUGACAGCAACUCAGUAUUUCACAAACCGUCUGGACCUGUCCCAGAAUAUGUCCACAGUCACUGACAAAUCAAGCCAGGACACGGAGACCUUGCCUGCUCCCACAGUGUCCGCACCAGAGCGGAGUUCUCUCAGUACCAUCUUCAACAAUGUCAUGACCUUGUGUGCCAUGUUGCCCCUGCUGCUUUUUGCCUGCCUGAACUCCUUUCUGCACCAGAGGAUCUCUCAGUCUGUUCGGAUCCUGGGUAGCCUGGUGGCUAUCCUGCUGGUGUUCCUGACUACUGCCAUCUUGGUGAAGGUGGAGAUGGAGCCACUGCCUUUCUUCAUCAUCACCAUGAUCAAGAUCGUGCUCAUUAAUUCAUUUGGUGCCGUUUUGCAAGCCAGCCUUUUUGGUCUGGCUGGCGUCCUGCCAGCCAACUACACAGCCCCCAUCAUGAGUGGCCAAGGCCUGGCUGGCUUCUUCGCCUCAGUGGCCAUGAUCUGUGCCAUUGCCAGUGGCUCCGAGCGGUCAGAAAGCGCCUUCGGCUAUUUCAUCACAGCCUGCGUAGUUGUUCUUUUGGCCAUCGUCUGUUACCUGGCUCUGCCUCGGCUGGAAUUCUAUCGCUAUUACGUGCAGCUCAACCUUGAGGGGCCCUCUGAGCAGGAGACCAAGUUGGAUCUUAUCAGUAAAGGAGAGGAACCAAGAGGAGGAAGAGAGGAGUCUGGGGUUCCGGCUCCCAGCUCUCUGCCCACCAGCAAAAACCACUCUAUCAAGGCCAUACUUAAGAGUAUCUCAGUCCUGGCUCUGUCUAUCUGCUUCAACUUCACGGUCACCAUUGGCUUGUUCCCUGCUGUUACUGCCGAGGUCGAAUCCAGCAUUGCGGGCACCAGUGCCUGGAAAAAUUACUUCAUUUCUGUGGCUUGUUUCUUGAACUUCAAUGUCUUUGACUGGUUAGGCCGGAGCCUCACAACUGUUUGCAUGUGGCCUGAUAAGGAUAGCUACUGGCUGCCGGUUUUGGUGGUCGCCAGGAUCGUGUUUAUUCCCCUGCUGUUGCUCUGCAAUGUGAAGCAGCGCUACUAUCUGCCUUCCAUCUUUAAGCACGACGCCUGGUUCAUCAUCUUCAUGGCUGCCUUUGCCUUCUCCAGCGGCUACCUUGCCAGCCUCUGCAUGUGCUUCGGGCCCAAGAAAGUCAAACCAGCUGAAGCAGAGACGGCAGGAAACAUCAUGUCCUUCUUUCUCUUUCUGGGCCUGGCUCUGGGAGCUGUUUUGUCCUUCUUGUUAAAGGCACUUGUGUGACCAACCAUACAGGGACAGAUGGACUACACUGCCUGCCUGGCUUGAGCAGGGGUCCAGGGGUUUGCUCUUCUGACUGACCUUGGCUUUCUUCUGGUCUGUGUUGGGCCCAGAUGCUCAGGCCCCGGGAGGGAGCCUCCUCGGAUGGAUUUGGGAUUGAGAACUCAGAAUGGCAAGGGAGCACAGUCUCUUAGGGAGAGCUCUGCCUGUCCCUGCUUAAACCAAGCACUCUAGGCUCCUGGGCUGAGAGAGGUCUUCUGCCUGCCUGUCACAAGGGUGGGGUGGAGGUGGAAGGCCGCCUGGUACCAUAUGAUCUGUUGCUGCUCCUUCUCCCUCCUUUCUUGUACGCCUGUUCUCCUUCCCGUUCCCUGUCAUUUUACUGCCUUUUUAUACUGACAGAAACCAGGUGCCUUCAGAGGCUCUCUGAUUAAAUAAACUUUGUUUGUUUUUGGG